CAGUGACUAGUCUGUAGUGGUGAAUGAACUUUGUCCUUCCAAUACUGUGGCUCGUGAGCAUCACUGCACCAGUAUUUGCACCCAACAACGGCGAGGUUUUCUGAUGGCCUAUUGCUUGAUCAAUCCACCUCAGUCAUCGAUAAGGUUCCGAACUUCCAGCAUGUGCAUCGAUAUACUAGUCCAGCCAAUCGAUAUUGGGCGCUUCAAAACACAUGUUCGGCAGCUGCCUGUUUACCCUGCGUACCAUCCACCACCUUCCUUGUUACUAAGAAACCUCUUAAAACUUACACUCGACCGUCCUUCCAACAUACUCGAUGAGUGAAGGGAAUCCUGCUCGUAAGAAGCGUUGGAGAUUGCUGAAGCGAAGUCGUUCAAACCCUCAGUUGGCAGAGGAGAGAGGCCGGAGGACAGCUAGUGAACCGUCCAGUCUCUCACCUUCGAGGAAUGGAUUAUCAAGGUUUCUUCCCAAGUCAUUUCACAAGUCUACUCGAAGCGCUCGACAGUCUCCCAACCCUGAACCCACAGUCGCGGGUUCUAGCGCACAGGAUCCCCUACACCUUCAGACAAGCCAGGAUCUUCUACCACCCACUAUCCCUCCUGAACCAAAUCCUGACCAGUCUUCCGAUGUGGGCGUUGUAAACACAAGUUUGACUAUCACAUCUGAACAACCUGACCUGAAGCUUGUUAAGGAAAAGCUUGCGAAUGCCAAGACACAUCUCGACGGCAUCAAACAUGUCUCAGGGAUGGUAGAAAAUACUGCUUCAGCAUCCGACAACCUACAAUCUGCUUCCGAUACGAUCGACGUGUUUUCCCAAGUUCUCGCACCAUUAAGAGUGUUUAACUCCGUUGUUACGGGGCUUGCGGACGUCCAUCCAUAUGCGAAGGUGGCAUUGAGUAUCUUCACCUUCGCGUCCAAGAUGAUUCUCGACCAGGCGGACCGAGAUGCUGCUGUGUCCCGUCUACUCUCGAAAAUCUCGGACAUCUAUGUUUUAUUAGUGGAAGGGGACAGAUUGGCUAGGAUUUCGUCCAUGCUAGAGAUUUAUGGAAAGAUUGCGCGACAGACGUUGGAGUGUGCUGACUUUGUCAUCCAUUACUCGGACAUGCAGAAUUUUUGGCGAAGACUUGGCAAACAUGUCUUGAGUGAAACGGAGGCCACGAUGCAAUGUUACAACGAGGUUCUCGAUAAUCUCAUGCAACAAUUCCGAGAUCAAAUGGCCCUCACCACCAUCGAAACCGUCCACCGUAUUGCUGAGGACCUAGACGUCAGCGGCAUGGAAUACGUAGCUGGUGCUGGACGGAAUACUAAGAACUGUCUCUCAGGCACUCGGGAAUAUAUUCUAUCCGAGAUCAAGUGCUGGAUCCGUAGCACGGGUGAAGACGUGCCACGCGUCUUGUGGUUGUCUGGCACUGCGGGGAAAGGCAAAUCAGCCAUCGCACAUACCAUAGCCAACUGGUCUCACGAGCGCGGGGGAAGGCCGACGCGGACAGUAGCAGGCUGCAUUGCUUUAGCAUGUCCUUAUGUCAAUCGACAUUUAUGCACAUCCUACAAAUUUCAUUUAACACCUGUUUACCAUCUUGGAUUUCGUUCGUUCUGUUUCUACCUAAUGGGCUCGCUCUCGCAAAACGUUUAGGAGUGCACAAAGAUUUUAUGUUUACAUACACUCAUACCGUCGGUACUGUACUAUCUGGAAUUGUUUCCACGCGGAUAACUUGAGGGUAUACAAGAACUGGACAUGAACUUGAAGUACCACUCAACUCCAUCGCCUCCUUGUCUGGACAGAUGGAAUGGAACGGACUUCUUCACCCCUCGAAGCCGUGCCCAACAGCAUGGACCAUGACCCUAUCCAAUUACCCGAACACCGCUCGACGAAGGCUCAGAAUCACAGGCAGCUCAGGCGUAAUUAGCUCGGCAGAGAUGUAAACCAAGCAUUCUGUCGUUCUUCACGUCAUU